GAUUUAUCAUCUGGAGAUAAAAAGUGAACGUAUUAUUUUCAGAGCUAUGUAGUUUACAUCUACUUUGUCAGGGGUCAGUAGUGCGCGGCAACAUUUUGCGGUUACAGGUUUUGAGCUGUUGUGUCCUCUCUCAGAUUUCUAUGUUUCCUCAUGCAUCUUGUAUUCUUAGUAUUCUUACAUUAUGAUAGAUGGUAUUCUGCAAUCUGCAACAAUUCGCCGGCGGUAUCGAUAAAUCGUUUCGCUUGUGAAGUAGGUAAUCUAGCCGCAUUAUGAAGCUAGUAAGAUUUUUGAUGAAACUCAGUCACGAGACUGUGACGAUAGAAUUAAAAAAUGGCACUCAAGUUACCGGCACAAUUACAGGUGUUGAUGUUGCCAUGAACACACAUCUAAAAACAGUAAAAAUGACAAUAAAGAAUCGUGAACCAAUACAAUUGGAAACCCUUAGUUUACGAGGAAACAAUAUAAGAUAUUACAUUUUGCCUGAUUCAUUGCCAUUAGAAACAUUACUAAUUGAUGAUACACCGAAGGCUAAAGCCAAGAAGAAGGAAGCUGCGAGAGGUGCUGCCCGUGGUAGAGGACGCGGCGCCAGGGGCGGUAGAGGUGGUAGGGGUGGACGAGGUAGAGGGAGAGGCAGGCGAUAGUGACAUUCAACAUAUUCUUCACAUGUAUUUUCAACAUACACAUUUUUCUAUCUUUGUGAAAAGAAUCAUUAUUCUGCUAAUUUUAUAAAAAUGAAUCUAUGCGAAGCUGUUUUCUUGAUAUAGCCCUAUAAUAAAUUUCAAGAUAACGUGGACAUUCAUUUUUAACAGAUUUAAAUGUAGAGCAUACAAGCAUUCCGAUAUUUUAAUCUU